AACAAUUGCAGGAUAGUUCUCCCUCUGACUGGCCAGAACAAUUCGCUUUUGGUCCACAUUAUGCUCUCAUGUCCUAGAAUGGAAAUGCACGUACAAACACAUGGCUCGGUUCUUGGCUGCCCAGGGGAACUCGGACUCGCAGGCUCGUAAGGCUGACCGUGUGCUCAGCGGCGUUGCGACGAUCCUCCGGCUGCUGCUGAGCACACACCACCCACAGUAUCUCAGGUGAUACUGGUGGUCCGAUAGGACGAUUGACGUACUGCAAUAGCGGAAUAAGCAGGAUCAAACAUGUCUCGUAGACUUAUUGUAGGAUGAAUAAAUGCAUCUUGUUACACCACAGAACUUAUCAUCAGCAAGCAUCUCUACUCAGUCGUACAAAUAUACAACGACCCGGAUAGGCAAAGUCACCACCAUCUUGACCCAACUUAACUCGGUCCUAGCACUAUACUCAAUCCUGAGUAAAACAAACCAAACGCACAUCACAAAGCACAGCUUCAAGAUGCCCUCCGCAACACCCGCCCGCACUAUGCUCCGCACCUGGGCACGCAACAUGACGGAGCCUCACCCCUUCGCACGCAACCCCGUGAGCGCAAAGCCGUAUCCCGCACAAUACAGCGUC